AUGGAGCUUGCCGAUGGGGUUUGCUCUAACUACCGAAAGGCUGAUAGAGGUCAGGAUCAGGCUGUAGGGUUAUUUAGUGCGCUAAAUAACAUGCAGCCGGACGAGAUGCCUCCUAUGCUGCCGGAGCUCACCCAGAUGGAGGAGAUCUUGAUAUCGCGGGUUCAUGUAUUUCUCGAAGUUCGCUUGAUCCGUGGCCAGCAGUAUCGCUACCAAGGUCACGUUGUGCAUUUUCUAAGAGACAUUGGCCUAGAACUCCUCAAUUUCCUCAUGCAGGUUGUUCACAGUGGUCAAGCUGGUCUAGCGACGCGCUGCAAGUCUUAG